AUGGAUUUUGGUGAUGACGAUGGACAGAUUGUUCAUGUAGUUGAAAAUGGAACAACAGAUAUCGAUUCCGUGAAGGGAGUGGCCAUUGGGAUUGAUCGGUUUGAUUUGACGAUACAAAAACCAUACAUAUUGACAGCAUUACCUCCGAAUCCAAUUGUUGAGACGAUUGAAAAAUUAGUGAUUAAAACUGUUUUUGCUUUUUCGACUCUCAUAUCGUUACAUUUGGCGGGUGGUUCCAUAUUUAUGUUAGUAAAACAUGGAUAUAUAAUAAUUCCGGCCAAAGUAUUUUUGUACAUGUUUCUUUGUUUUGAUAUUGCUCUACGAAUUUCGGUUGGCGGUUAUGCAUUAUAUAUUGGAACAAUCGACGACGGUUUUCAAUGGGGAUUAUUUUUUUCGCUUUUAUUUUUCAUCGGGAAAGAAGAUUUAGUAAAUUUCAUAGAAGAAUAUCGAAGUGCUUCCAUGUGGGAUAUAUAUACGUUUCUGAACUCUGCACUUGCGCUAGUAGCGUAUGUUUUGAUAUUUUUGGAGUCGGAAUGUGCAAUUGGUACACAGUGCUAUUUCAUUACAAGCUCCCUUUUAGCAGCAGCUUGCGCUACGUGCGCUAAAUGUCUGUGGGUGUUGCUCUGGUUUCAUUUCGAUAAAGAAUUUUAA